AAUUUCACCCCAUUUAUCGCAUAUUUAGAGCAUUGAUAGUGUUACAAGUUGUAUCAUCAACACAGUUUUAUGUUAAACGGUAUAAAGAAGCAACUGAAGAUGUAUUUUUUAAAAGGAUGCCACCUUCCUCAUUUUUCGAAUGUAGCUAACGCUAGCUUCUCUAGCUAACAAGCCAGAGCGUUAACGCUCACGCUGCGACUUGACAGGAGAACUGAAUGUGUCGCCUUUAAACCGAUUUAGCCGCUUUCAGGUCUGGUGAAGUAACAAAGAUGAUGGAUGCACUGUCAGUGGUGAGUCAGCUGCGGGAUCUGGCUUCUGAGCCGCAGAACCGAGAAGUGAUUGUCCAGGAUCAGGGCUGUCUCCCCGGACUGGUUCUGUUCCUGGACCACCAGAACCCAGACGUGCUGUUUGCAACUCUUCAGACCCUGCGCUACUUGGCUGAGCUGACCCCCAACAUCUCUACCAUGAAGAAUGAACUGGGUAUGAUGGUGAGCUUGGAGAACCUUAUUGGGAGGGAGGGACUAUCUGUUGACAUCUCAGCCUUGGCCAAGGAGGUGUUCAACAUUCUGAAUGCACCUGCUAAUCCCUUGCCAUGCACACCUGUGAGGCAGCAGAGAAAAAAAUCCCAGUUCUUUAUAAACACCUCCAACAAGAAGGCCAAAUCUGUCACUCUGCACAUCCAGGGCCUGGACAGCGCUGACCAGCGAGGCUUGUGUGAGGAGGCUCUCCUGAAGGUCAGAGGAGUGAUCAGCUUCACCUUCCAGAUGGCUUCCAAGAGAUGUACCAUCCGUAUCCGCUCAGACCUGCCCACUGAGAGUUUGGCAUCAGCCAUCGCUGCCACCAAAGUGUUGUCAGCCCAACAGGUGGUGAAGAACGAGGCGGGCGAAGAGGUUUUAAUCCCUUUGAAGUCUUCCGGAGUGGAAGUGCAGCAAAACUCAGCCAUACCAGACUACCUCCCAGAGGAGGAGGAGAGCCCAGAGAGGGAGGUUGACCGAGCAAUUUCUCGCACCACAGCGAAGGACACUUCUAGUGGCAGCUGGCUCAACAGUGCUGCCAGCUUCCUCACCAAAACAUUCUACUGGUGAGACUGGUGCAGGUUGAUUCCCUGAGUUGUGCUAAAAGCCCGGUCCUACUGCUGUAUGUUCCUGGAAUGGACAUUACUGGAUGUUACCAAUCAGCAAUUUGACAUCAAUUCUUUUGAAGAACUACAAAUUGUCAACUUUGUGUUUUACUAAUGUGCUCACCUACUCCAAUGGAGGCACACACACAUGAAAAAUAUCUUCUGUCUUUGGACUUUCAUAAUGCUGGUUUCUAUCCAGUGUUCUCAUUUAAUGUAAAUAUUUUCUGUCAGUUUUUCCAAACUGCCUGUUUCCUCUCUAUCUGUAAAAAAGUGUUUUAAAAAUGUUUGCUACUUUUCUCUACAGUUGGAAGAGUCUUUUACAGUGUAUCCUGCUGUAGUUGUACUGGUUUAUUCUAAAAUAAAUCAACAAAAUAUCACAUGUA